UCCUUCUUUGCUCUGUGGCAGCCUUGCUGUGGCCUUUCCCCACCUACUCCUCACUGAAACCGAUUUAGGGUUGUUACCUUUUGACCGGUCACUUGCCGUUGAGUGCGGUUUAGUUUAAAUGUUGUGACCGGUGUUUGGCUGGAGGACCGUUUCGGGCGAGUAGGCAAGCCGAGGAACAGCCCUUGCUGGUUUCAUGGCCCUUGGGCUGGGAUCCACCCCUACUCGUAGGCAGGCCGGCUCCCAGCACUCAGAGUUUUGCGGCCUGGAUGGGUGGGGCUGCCUGACCUCCCCUCAGUGGGGUUUUACCCCGUGGCUGUUAUAAUGUCCAGAUUCAUUCUGGAUGGAAUUAACACCCAGCCUGUCGCCUGGGGUUGGGUGAUCUUCCUUGUGAGACUGACUCUUAUUUGGGAGAACUGCACUGUGAAUGGUCAGGCCUCGCUGCAGCUUGUUGUUCCCUAAACUAAUAGAGUGGCCCUAAUUGAUCCAAUGACACGUGUCUUGUCUUUAUUGGGGCCUGGGGGUGCAAAGGAGGAGCUGACUUGCUCUCUGUUGCUCCUCCUGAGAACUAGGACCAAAGGGUUAAGAUGACAAGCAAGCCAAUUUAGGCUAGAUAUCAGGAAGAAUUUCCUUGCUGCAGGAGCUGUUCAAGUGUGUGGUAGUCUGCUUCACAUAGUGAGGGGAGGAGAGCUGGUCUUGUGGUAGCAAGCAUGAAUUGUCCCCUUAGUUAAGCAGGGUCCACCCUGGUUUGCAUAUGAAUGGGAGACUACAUGUGUGAGGACUGUAAGACAUUCCCCUUAGGGCAUGAGGCCACUCUGGGAAGAGCACCUGCCUACUCGCAUGCAGAAAGUUUCAAGCCCGCUCUCUGGCAGCAGCUCCAGGCAGAGGAGGAGGUCUACCGUAGAGCCGUCUGGGAGAAGAACCUGCGAAUCAUUGAGCAUCAUAACCAGGAGGCUGCCCUGGGGAAACACACCUAUCGGAUGGGCAUGAACCAGUUUGGCGCUUUGACUAAGGAAGAGUUUAAUCAGAAGAUGAAAUGCUUUCGUCCUGAACUGGCUAAAGCACCUGGAAAGGGCGUGACUUUCUUGCAGGAAUCAUCCACACUGGAGACUCCUGAGUCGGUGGACUGGCGGAAAAAAGGCUACGUCACCGAAGUAAAAAACCAGGGUCAAUGUGGGUCAUGUUGGUCAUUCAGUGCCACUGGAGCCCUGGAAGGUCUGCAUUUUAAGACGAAUGGCAAGCUGGUCUCGCUGAGUGAGCAGAACCUCGUUGAUUGCUCCUGGCAGCAGGGCAACAGGGGAUGUAGAGGCGGGUUUGUUAACACGGGCUUUGAGUACGUGCGAGAGAACAAUGGAAUCGACUCGGAAGAGAACUACCCCUAUAAGGAAAAGAACGGACACUGUGCUUACCAACCUUCGGACCGAGCGGCCACCUGCACUUCUAUUGUACAGGUCCCGGAAGGGAAUGAGAUAAUCCUGGAACAAGCUGUGGCCACGGCUGGCCCUGUUUCUGUGGGUGUGGAUUCCCGCAAUUUCCAGUUCUAUGAUAAGGGAAUUUUUUACUCUGAGGGCUGUGGUGAAAGGCUGAACCAUGCCGUGCUAGUGGUUGGUUAUGGCACAGAUGAUACCCUCAAGAUGUCUGGUAAACCAUCUGACUAUUGGAUUGUGAAGAACAGCUGGAAUACAACAUGGGGUGAGAAAGGCUACAUGAAGCUGGCGAAAGGAGCUCACAAUCACUGUGGCAUAGCAACUGUGGCAAGCUACCCCACCCUGGACCCAGGCAAGGGCCAGCCAUGAUUCCAUCUUCCGGAACCUUCCUAGCUUCAUUGCUACAAACCUUCGCUUGCCGGUCUCUUCUGCUUAUUUCCUCGUUUCCCACACUAUGCUUGUCUACAUUCAGGUGAAUGGGAGUUCCUACUGAGUGUCAAUAGCAUCAGAACCAGGGGGUCAAACUAUUAAGCAGCUGGAUUCAGUUUCAGUUCAGACCAUGCCAUGAAAAAGUAGUCUGGUCACUGGUUGACACCACUGAGGUCCAGUUCAUGUGAGAAUAAGACCAAACUUUUCUGCUUGCAAUGUAACUCUAUAAAAAUGAACACAGUGACAACGAUGCAAUGUGAGAAAAAAGAUCAAAGGGUAUUAUUGGAUUCUAUAAACAAAUUACAUAAAACUAGUUUUUUUAAAACACAGGAAAAUAAAACAUUAAUCCUGUGACUGCAAGAUGAGUGCUCAAUUGCAGAACUACUUAUUUUGAAUGGGUUGCCACUCGUUGGGCUGGUUCUCAUGAUCCAAAGCAGGGUGAGAGAGCAACCAGCCAGGCUCCAAGCCCCCUGCACGCUCCGGGGAAAUGGUGAUUUAUUAGCAAAAAUCAAGGUGGGGGAGGGGGGAGCGAUCAUGCGCUGUUAUGAGGGAGAUUCCUGUUGCGCGGCUUCCACUUCCCCUCCCCUCCUGGGAUUGCAAAGGGUGGGUAGUUCUGUUUGAGACGAGAAACACAGCAGAAGGCGGAUAAAGAAAUUUUAUUGGAGACUGAAAACAAGGGAUAAGUGGACAUUCCCAUGUGACAAUGGUUCAUGCCUGUCAACUCACAUGUCAAAAUGUUGAUUUUCUAAGGUGUAACACUUUUUGCUAAUAAAAACCUUAACUGCUUAUAAA